AUGAUGGUUGGAUAUACGAAGGAAAAUAGCAGCCUUGUGGUGAUUGGGCUGAGUGUGCAUACUACACCGGUGAAGUUGCGUGAGAAACUUGCUAUACCAGAAGCUGAAUGGCCAAGAGCCAUUGGUGAGCUUUGUGGUUUGAAUCAUAUUGAAGAAGCAGCUGUUCUUAGUACGUGUAACAGAAUGGAGAUUUAUGUUGUUGCACUUUCUCAGCAUCGUGGUAUCAAAGAAGUCACUGAAUGGAUGUCAAGUGAUGAGUUUAUGAACGAUGUUCCUACCUAUUUUCUCUGUCCCAUAUCAUUAGAAAUCAUGAAGGAUCCGGUAACAGUUUCAACCAGCAUAACCUACGACAGAGAAUGCAUCGAAAAAUGGCUAUUCUCAAAGAACAACAAAACAUGUCCUAUCACAAAACAACUGCUCUCAGAUUACACUCAUCUAACACCAAACCACACACUUCAAAGACUCAUUCAAGCAUGGUGUACACUUAACGCUUCACAAGGAAUCCAAAGGAUUCCAACUCCAAAACCACCUAUCAACAAAACCCAAAUCACCAAACUCAUCAAACAAGCUUCUCAGUCAAAUCUCACCAUUCAGAUUAAAUGUCUCAAAACACUUAGAUCAUUUGCUUCUGGUAGUGAAACAAACAAACGUUGCAUGGAAGAUGCUGGUGUUGUUGACUUCUUAGCUUCUACUGUGGUAAACAAUAGUUGCAACAUCGAUUCUGAAUCUUUAUUAUUGUCAGAGACUAAUGUUAAUCUGGUUGAUGAAGCAUUAAGCAUACUUCAUAACCUUCAUGUAUCUGAAGCUGGAUUGAAGAAUCUACUAGCUUUCAAAAACGGUCAAUUUAUCGAGUCCUUAACAAAAUUUUUACAGAAAGGUUUCUUUGAAUCAAGAGCUUAUGCAGUUUUCUUGCUUAAAUCUAUGACAGAAGUAGCUGAACCAGUGCAGUUACUUCAUCAAAAAACCGAUUUAUUCGUGGAACUGGUGCAAGUUUUGAAGGAUCAAAUAUCAAAAAAGGUAUCAAAAUCAGCCCUUCAGACACUAAUUAUCCUCUGUCCAUGUGGAAGAAACAGAAUCAAAGGUGUUGAAGCAGGAACAGUUCCUGUCUUAAUAGAGCUUCUGUUAGAGAAUUGCAAAGACAGAAAACCAAAUGAAAUGAUGUUGGUUUUAUUGGAAUGUCUCUGUCAGUGUGCAGAAGGAAGAGUUGAACUUCUGAGACAUGGUGCAGGAAUGGCUGUUGUAUCUGCGAUCCGCGAUGAAAUAAACGAUGUCGAGAUAAUCUACAAACCGCUUUCUGAUAUGCUCGAAUGCGUAGGCGAAGCGGAUGUAGUUUUCACAAGCACGGCAUCAGAGAAUCCUUUGAUUUUAAAACAACAUGUUAAGGAACUUCCUUUCGCAAGCGAAGAAAUGGGACGAAAGCGCCUCUUCGUCGAUAUUUCUGUUCCGAGGAACGUAGGUUCGUGCGUCGAUGACCUCGAAUCAGUCAAAGUUUACAAUGUCGACAACCUUAAAGAGGUAGUGGCUGCUAACAAAGAGGACAGACUAAGAAAAGCAAUGGAAGCACAAGUGAUCAUCGGCGAAGAAUCGGGCCAAUUCGAAGCAUGGAGAGACUCGUUAGAAACUGUUCCUACUAUCAAGAAACUGAGAGCUUAUGCUGAAAGGUUAAGGAUUGCUGAGGUUGAGAAAUGUUUAGGUAAAAUGAGUGAUGAGGAUAUAAAUAAGAAGACACAAAAAGCAGUGGAUGAUCUUGGUAGAGGUAUAGUGAAUAAAAUGCUUCAUGGUCCAAUGCAACAUUUGAGAUGUGAUGGGAGUGAUAGUAGGACUUUGAGUGAAACACUUGAGAAUAUGCAUGCUUUGAAUAGAAUGUUUGGUCUUGAAACUGAGGUUUCUGUUUUGGAGCAGAAGAUUAGAGCUAAAGUGGAGCAAAAACCAUAG